AUGAGAGUUGUAGAUGAUAAGGCAACUGAUGCAUUUCUGGAUCAGAAUCCUAAGUGCUUUUGUAGGUGCUAUGUACAACGUGAGACUAAGACUGAUGUUAUUGUCAAUAAUAUGGCUGAAACAUUCAAUGGAUUCAUCAUACAGUCCAGAGCAAAGCAUAUCAUUGAUAUGCUGGAAGAUAUAAGGUUGGCAGUUAUGACCGGGUUAGUAACAAAGCACAAUGAGAUGUCCCGUAAAAAUGUGGUUGUUUGCCCUAGGAUUCAAGCCAAGAAGCUUGAUAAAGAGAAAGAGAAAGCUUAUCUUUGUACUGUGUAUCCUUCAAGUAACACUGUGUUUCAAGUCAAGAGCUUUGACGAUGUAUCUGUGGAUAUUGUGAAGAGAAGCUGUACAUGUGGGAAGUGGGACUUGACAGGCAUUCCAUGUUAUCAUGUGUGUGCAGUUGCAGCGUUUAUGCAUAAGAAUUCUGAAGACUUUGUUCAUAGUUACUUGACCAAAGAGGUGUAUCUCAAGUCCUAUGAGUACACUGUCCCACCACUGCCUUCGGAAAAAUAUUGGCCAAUUGUUGAUUUACCUUUGGACCCUCCACCAGUCAAGAUUGGGCCAAGAAGACCAAAAAAGAACAGAAAGAAGGAUCCACAGGAAACCAAGAAAAAAACUGGGAAGCUAGGUAGGCAUGGUACACUCAUGGGUUGUAAAAACUGUCAUGAAAGAGGUCAUAACAUUUCAAGUUGUAAGAAACAGGCAGCUGAAGGUAGCCAAGUCACAAGAAAGAGGGGCAGGCCUAAAAAGUCAGCUGAUGCACAACCUUCUCAGUCAACAGCAACCCCACAAGUUUCUCAGUCCACUCAGCAAUCACAGGGGAAUGUAGCAUCACAACAAACUCAGAGGCAAGCUAAGAGGGGGAGGCCAAAAAAGAUCUCAAAAGCCACAAAUCAAUCAGCUGAAUGA